AUUUAUCACCCACCUCUAGUGGGUUUGUGGUUCUUUCUAAUUUGUGCCUGUAUGUAUGACAUUUAUUCUAAGUUUUAAUUUAUUUUAACCCCAACAACAAAAUCUCAAACUGUAAAAAAUCAGUCAUUAUCUAUUAUCAUUCCUUCAAAAUAAGUGGACAGUUUUAUAGUUCGUUUCUUUCUAUAAGAAUUCCUUCCUAAUCCUUAUAAUCCUCAACAUGUUUUACAAGACAUUAGAACUUUACAGCGGGAUCGGAGGCAUGCACUGUGCUUGGAAUGAAUCAAAGUUACCUGGUGAAAUAGUAGCAGCCGUUGAUAUAAACACAGUUGCUAACAAAGUAUACGCACACAACUUUCCUCAAACGAACCUUCUAAAUCGAAAUAUCCAAUCACUAAGUGCUAGAGAAAUAAAUAAAUUAAAUGUAAACACUAUUUUAAUGUCACCGCCAUGCCAACCGUUUACAAGAAAUGGCAAGUACUUGGAUGAAAAUGACUCUAGAACUAAUUCAUUCCAAUACCUGAUAAGUAUUUUAAAGAAAUUAGAAUGUAUUGAAUAUAUUCUUAUGGAAAAUGUUAAAGGAUUUGAAUGUUCCUCUGUAAGAGAUAUAUUUAUUGAUAAACUAAAAGAAUGCAAGUUUAAUUAUCAAGAGUUUCUACUGAGUCCGUCCACUGUUGGUGUCCCUAACUCCAGGCUUAGAUACUAUUGUAUUGCCAGAAGAAACUCAACUUGGAAUUUUAAAACAAAAGAUGGUAUUAUGGACACUCUUUCUACCAAUUAUGGUGAACCAUAUUCUAUAGAAACAAUUCUAGAGAAUUGUCAAACAGACAAGUUUCUUGUACCUGAUAAACAUUUGAAGCGUGGAAAUAUAUUCGACAUUUGUUACAGAAACUCGCGACGUUCUUGUUGUUUUACAAAAGCCUAUUCGAAUUAUGUUGAAGGUACUGGAUCUGUAUUUACUGAAGCCAGCCCAGAAAUAGUUAAAAUAUGUUAUGAAAAAGCAAAUACAUUUAAAGUAGGUAGCGCAGAAUUUGUUGAUUGUUUAAGAGAUUUAAAGUUGCGGUUCUUUACACCAAACGAAGUGUUGUCUUUAAUGUCGUUUCCAAAAUAUUAUACUUUUCCUAAGAAUACUUCUAAUAAACAGUGUUAUAGAUUGUUAGGUAACAGUGUUAACGUUACAAUUAUAUGUGAAUUAUUAAAAUUAUUGUUUGAUUAAUAAAUAAUG